AUGAAAAGCGUCGAGGCGCUGGCUCCUUUCAGGAACGAAUACACAAGACUCUUUGAAUCUCUCUACAAUGCACACAUAACGGAAAAAGAACUGACGGAGAAGUAUCAUUUAUUGGAGGAGGAGGUUGCCAGCAACGAGCAGAAAAUCAACGAGUUGACGCGAACGAUCGCGAGUAACAACCAGGAGAUCGAGAGGUUGAAGAUCGAGGUAGUGAACACGGUAAAACGAGCCGAUGCUGCUCACACGCGUGAACAGAAUGCGCAGGAAGUGAUCGAGAAUCUGCGAUUGAACGUCGCUCAGAUGACCCAGGAAAUCGCACAAAAGAAUAGGGAGCUGGCUGCUGGUGAAGACGGCGGUGCAACCAAAGAGAAGGAGCUUCUUCAACAAGAAAAGGAGAAGUUAACGAGCGAGGUGGACACCCUGAAACAACGUCUAAAAAACAUGGCGUUAUACACGGAGGAGUUAGAGAAGCGAAACAGCGUUUUCGGUCAUCAAAUAGAAGAGAUGCAGGAGAAUCUGGACACCCAACUGAGCGAGAUCUCGAAAGAACGACGAGGAAAGCAAAUGGCGGAGGAUGAGGUACAACAUUUGCAAGAGGAGCUUGUUGCAAGGACGGAUGAUCUCCAAGCUGCGAAUGCAUCGCUUGAAGCAGCUGCAGAGAAUACAGCGAAACUGGAGGCUACACUGAAAGAGUAUAAAACAUCCAACGAGAAGAUGCAGAAGGAGAUCAACAAGCUAACUGUGAAGAAGACAAACCUACAAGCUGAUUUUGAAAACGCGAACGUUCAAAUAGAAAAUUGUGAAAAGGAUAUUGCAACGAAGGAGAAACAACUGAAGGAAAUGAAACUGACGAUGCAUAGACUAAAAACCGAGAUGUCAAAGCUCAAGACAGAGAAGGAGGCAAUAACAAAACGGUUGCAAAAGCUGGAGACAGAAAGAUCUGACAUGGAGAAGAUGUCGAAGGAAGCGGUAACGUCGGCGAGAAACGCUGAACAACAAACGAUGACGCUCCGGAAGCAGCUUAUUGACAAACAGCAAGAGGUCGAGAUUCUACAACGCGAGAAGAACGUUCUGUCGCGUAACCAGGAGACUUUGGGGGACCAAAUUAAGAGAUUGAACCAGCAGAUGGUUGUGAACGAGUACAGCAAGCGGAAAAUCGAGCACGAAUUGGACGAUUCAGUGCGAGAUGUCAUUGAAGUGUCUAAGCAGCUGCAUCUGGUUGAGAAGGAGAGGGACAAGCAUAGUCAGACGAUUAAGGACUUGGUGCAGCAGGUCGAGGAGUACAUAAGCGAGGUUAAGCUAAAGCAGGUCGAGAUCUCCAGUUACAAGAAACGGCUGGCAGAGGCCGAGACAAGGUUCCGUCAGCAGCAGAAUCUAUUUGAAGCUGUCCGUGCCGAGCGAAAUACAUACAGCAAGAGCUUAAUAGAAGCACAGGACGAGAUACAGGAAUUGAGGAACAAGUUAGCGGUGCUCAAUCAUCAGAUUGAACUAUUAAAAGAAGAUAUUGUGACGAAGGAAACGAAUUUGGUCAAAGAAGAAUUCCUCCGCAACAGGGUGGAAAAAGAGAAGGAAGCCCUAAGGGUGGAUCUGCAAUCUGCCCGCAAAGACGUGAGCGAGCUCCGACACGAGAUAGAGAAGAUGAAACAGGAAGAGAAGAGUCUUAGACAGGUGAUUUCGAAGGCUGAGUCCGACAUCGGACGCCACAAGAAGGACAUAGACAACGUGAUGAACGAGAGGGACAUCAUCGGCACGCAACUAGUUAGAAGAAACGACGAGUUGAGUCUUCAGUAUAGCAGAAUAAAAGUUUUGCACGGGACUCUUCAACGCGGUGAAGUUCAGUAUAAUCAGAGGCUGGAGGAUAUUAGAUUGCUGAAGUUGGAGGUGAACAAACUGAGAACCGAGAGGACUUUGUUGACGAAGAACAUAGAGAACAUGAGUGAUUUGCGUCAAGAGGUGUUUCAUUUGAACCGUGAUCUCACGAGGGAGAGGUUGAAGGUUAUGGCGUUGGAAGAAGAGGUGCAAACUCCGUUGAAUAUUCACAGAUGGAGGAAACUUCAGGGUUCCGAUCCUCCCACCUACGAACUGGUGAGGAAAAUUCAAAUUCUCCAGAAGCGUGUGAUCAAAAUGGCCAGUGACAUGAUAGAAAAAGAAAAGAAGGUGAAAGACACGGAGAAAUUGUACGUGAAUCUUCGUGAGAUCUUAUCGAAACACCCAGGACCCGAGGUGACGAUAUCUCUUAACAAAACUCAAAAGGCUUUGCGUGAGAGGGGAGAAAAGAUGAAGGGUUUGCUCGCGGAGCUCAACAUGUACGACGUCCAGAUAAACGACUACAAAGACGAAAUCGAGAAGAUGAACACCGAGAUGGCGGACCUGAAGAAAAAGUAUUACAGUCAGAAGCGAAAGUUGCAGAAAUCGAAGGAACAGAAACACAGACCCGAUACUGUUCUGCCGGUGAUAACUCGUAGCGCGAAGAAAUUCUGCGGGGGUGGUUUCAACAUGGCGGCUCCAACCCCAAGAAAUUGUUUCCUCGUACACUCUGCAAGCAGAUGA